AUGCCCCUGUCAGACUUUCUGGACGGCCUGAAGGACAACCCUUACUUCGGGGCUGGGUUCGGACUGGUGGGGAUUGGGACAGCCAUGGCAGUGGCCAGGAAAAGCGCCCAGGUUGGGAUGAUCUUCUUCCGCAGGAACUACAUGAUCACUCUGGAGGUCCCCAGCAGGGAUAAGAGCUACCACUGGCUGCUGAGCUGGAUCACCAAACACGCCAAGCACACCCAACACCUGAGCGUGGAGACCUCCUACCUGGCCCAUGAGAGCGGACGGGUUCACACGCAGUUUGACUUCCACCCGAGCCCCGGGAACCACAUCAUCUGGUACGGCAGGAAGUGGAUCAGGGUGGAGAGGACCAGGGAGAAGCAGAUGGUGGAUCUGCACACCGGCACCCCGUGGGAGUCUGUAACCUUCACUGCUUUAGGCAGGGACAGACAAAUCUUCUUUAACAUCCUACAAGAAGCGAGGGAAUUGGCCAUGAAGCAGGAAGAGGGACGGACAGUGAUGUACACAGCCAUGGGCGCCGAGUGGAGGCCAUUUGGGUUUCCACGGCGACGCCGACCCCUCAGCUCUGUGGUGCUGAAGGAGGCUGUGGCCGAACGGAUCGUAGACGAUGUGAAGGAGUUCAUCGGAAACCCCAAGUGGUACACAGACAGAGGCAUCCCCUACAGAAGAGGAUAUCUGCUGUACGGCCCCCCAGGGUGUGGGAAGAGCAGCUUUAUCACGGCGCUGGCUGGAGAGCUGGGCUACAGCAUCUGUCUGAUGAGUCUGAGCGACCGCAGCCUGUCAGACGACCGGCUGAACCACCUGCUGAGCGUGGCCCCCCAGCAGAGCAUCAUCCUGCUGGAGGACGUCGACGCAGCCUUCGUUAGCCGAGACCUGCUGCCCACUGAGAACCCUCUGGCCUACCAGGGGAUGGGCAGACUGACCUUCAGCGGCCUGCUCAACUCUCUGGACGGAGUGGCUUCCUCUGAGGCCAGAAUCGUUUUUAUGACCACCAACUUCAUUGACAGGUUGGACCCGGCGCUGAUCCGGCCCGGCCGUGUGGAUCUGAAGCAGUACAUCGGGAACUGCACCCACGGGCAGCUCACUCAGAUGUUCUGGAGGUUCUACCCGGAGGAGCCUGCCUCUGAAGCGGACCGCUUUGCAGAGCAGGCGCUGGCCGUGCACUCUGAGAUCAGCGCCGCUCAGGUGCAGGGACACUUCCUGCUGCACAAAAUGGACCCCGCAGGAUCUAUAGACAAUGUUGCCCAGAUGAAAUAAUGACAGAGGACUGCACAGUGUUUGGAGAGUGAUUACUGAAUAAAGAGAAAUGUGAAAAACA